CCGUAUUUUGCGUCACCGGUUUCCAGGUGCGGCCCCGCCCCCUCGGUGGCGCGUGACGUCACGCGCAGAGGGCGGGGCAGCGGCGGGCACAACAACAUGGCGCUGAACAGGAAUCACUCGCAAAGCGGCGGUGGCGUCGUCAUCAGCAACAGCGAGAGCUUUUUAAAGGAAUGCAAAGAUGUAGAGCUAUCAUUCGGUGACUUGACUGCAAAGUCGGAUUUCUUUAAAGGGACCAAGAAGGGAACUCUGUACUUGACCCCAUACAGGAUGAUCUUUGUAUCAAAAGGAAAAGACCCAAUGCAGUCAUUCAUGAUGCCCUUCUAUCUGGUAAAAGGAUGUUCUAUUGAACAGCCAGUCUUCUCAGCUAAUUACAUAAAGGGUACCGUUCACGCUGAGCCUGGAGGCGGCUGGGAAGGUCAGGCUGCAUUCAAGUUGGUUUUUAACAGUGGAGGGGCUAUCGAUUUUGGUCAGCUGAUGUUCAAAGUGGCUCAACAGGCUUCCAGGGGUACUCCUGUGCAGAACAAUGCUUAUGGAUAUGAACCUGUGGGUGUGAUGAGUUUUGGAUUUGCACCAGCAAACGGCCCUUACGCAGCCAAUGGCCCUUACGCAGCCAAUGGCCCCUAUGCAGCAAAUGGCCCCUACGCAGGGAACGGUCCAUACGCCUAUCAGCCGCCUCCAAUGAAUGGUUAUGGACCUCAGCCAACAACAGUGGGUUACUCUUAUGGAAUGUCUGCACUACCUCCAGGUGCGCACCCAUCUGCUCCUGCCAUGGACAUGUACAUGCCGCCCCCACCUCCUUACCCUGGACUUCCUCCAGCUAAUGUGGCUCAACAUGGACUGCCUGGUGGAGCUAAAGCCGCAGAAGCAGCUUCCAGUGCGUACUACAACCCGUGCAAUCCUCACAGUGUCUACAUGCCGAUGGAUCAGCCCCCACCGUAUACACCAGCAGAGGAGAAGAAGAACAAGUGAAACACUCUGAAGUUGCGAUUCUUCCAACCGUUUGUGAAUUGUUUACUUUCUAAAAAAAAAGUGUGUUGUUAGAAGCUGCAUUUUUAUUAGACUUGAGCCAGUCCAUAAUCUCUUUCCACAUUGUAUCGUCCAGCUACAGAACUGAGUCUCGGACUGCAGGCUUCUGGUUGUGUCUGUGCACAGAUAUCUUGUGCAUUGAAGUAGGUGAGGUGGCCAGAACGCCGUCUCUUUCCUCAUCCUUGUCGUCUUUUCUACUUUCCUUGUCUCUGCCGGAAGUAAUCUGCCUCCAAACUUCAUUGACCUCCGUACAUUGUCAAGCGAAUGUUGGAAAGAAAUUAAUUAAAUUGCUCCAAUUGAGCCAAGCCUGUCUAGGUCCUGCAGGAUCUACUCCAUCAGGAAUUCGGAAACAGCCCGGGGGUGAAAAAAUUAGCCUGAUGUCACCAAUGGCCAGUUGGAAGCAUUGUGCUGGUUGGUGCUGCAGCUGUCUAGACCCUGAAGGCAGUGAGACUUAAUGAAUAACAUCCUUAAAUGCCAAGAUGCUGCUUGUAAAUAUGACAAUAUACAAUUAUACCAGAAACAUAUCGAAUUAUUGAAAUUUUUUCACAUAAAGCAAACAGAAACACGUUCCCAUAAGAUGACAAUACUGGAUUGUGAACCAUUUGAAUCAAGAUUAAAAUCACAGUGAUCAUCAUUGCCCAUUUACCAGAACGUUAUCACUAGGCAUUAGGGUUUUAAGAUAUAGAAAUUUUUAAGUAUUCAAAUUCUUUAUUUAAAGUUUUCUAUAUGAAAUAAAAGACUUCUUAAGGCUGAGAUUAAAUUAUACGACUAUUGCUUGGAAUUUACCAAGUAAUAUUUUGACAGCUUGGCAGAAAGGGAUUGGAGAAAUUCCUUCUUAACAUUUGUCUGUGCAAUUUUGCUAGCAAGGGUUUAUUGGCAUUUCUUACAGAGAAAGAUCAGAUCAGAUUAACUUAUUUCAAAUUAGCUGUGACUUUGCUGCUCUGUGGUAAAGUUCACAAAGUUCCCACCGGGCAAUGUGAAUUACUAUUGGUGGGAAUAUGAGCUUCAGCAGUUCAACCUCUGGCACUGAAUCAACAAAUAUUAAUCAGUGAACAUUAACCCAAAGCCUUUUUGCACUUCAUCAUUUUAUAUUGUCCCCACCAUAAUUGAAGUCUGACAUUUAUGUUCCACUCAGUGAGGUGAACGGGUCGAUAGGAAGCACUGAGACUCAUGUAGGGUUAUAAAAACAUAAUCCUUCCCUGCUGGAAACAAUGUGCACAAGAUCCAUUGUUGCAUGGUUGGGUCUUGUUUGUGUUUCUAAAGCCUUGUGCCCUUCAGUAAUACUGCUUGCUUACUUAGUGUCACAGAGUAAUACAGUGUGGAAACGGGCCCAACUUGUCCACACCGGCCAACAUGUCUCAGCUAUGCUAGUCCCACCUGCCUGCACUUGGCCCCUGUCCCUCCCAACGGUGGGGGGGGGGGGGGGGAUCCCACAACUUGUUAGUGGUGGGAAUGGCAUUGAUGAUGAACUGGGCCCUAACCACAUUUCUUCAAGGAGACCUGCAUCUUCCAACUGACCCACAAUAGCAUGUUAGGUAGGGGAAUAGCUGUGUACUUACUGAUUCUCCCUGUGCAUUGGUGGCCUUAUGACUGGAGCUAUACACCAGGGCACAGACACCAUGUGAAGCAUUGUAGAAAGCUGCAUGGAACAAGCUGCUUUGUGCACACAGUAGGUAAGACAAAGGUUUUUUUUAUUUGUGAUUAUCUUCUCAAUAGAGAAUACUUUGGUGAAAACAUUACACAUUUUCCAAUAACCAGUUUCUGCAAAAUAACAACGUGACGCCAGUAAUGGGCUCCCCUCCUGCCCAGACUUGCAUAGAAAACUUCAGGGCUGUUUUAAUGCAUUGACUUCUAUUGUUGGGAGAGGGAUCUCCACACCUGCAUGAUAUUGAGGCCUCCUGCCAAAGGAUCAACCCAGCUUGUCCAGACUGUGCUGGUGGCCAACUAUAGACCAACCCUGAGACCGGUUCAUUGGAAUUAGCAACAAAUCAAAUGAUUACCCCAGAACUUUAAUCAGUCUGGACUGCUUUAUUUCUCUGUCAUGUUCAUAAAUGAUAGGAGCAGAGUUAAGCCAUUUGGCCCAUCUGGUCUAUUCAGCCAUUCAAUCAUGGCUGAUCCAUCUCUUCCUCCUAACCCCAUUCUCCUGCCUUCUCCCUGUCACCCCUGACACCCGUACUAUUCAAGAAUCUAUCUAUCUCUGCCUUAAAAAUAUAAAUUGACGGCCUCCACUGCCCUCUGGACGAAAGAAAUUCCUCCUCAUCUGUCUACAGUUCCACUUCAUAGGCAGCGUGGUGACCAGUUGCCGCCACAGCUUGCAGUUGUGCGUGUAGGGGAGUAAAGGAACACAAGGAGGGAGGGAGUUAGCUGUGGAGUAGACAGAGGAUGAGGACUCAACUCAGCUCAUUAGUAAUACUGCGUUUUACAACAAACUGGUUCAUGAAAAUUAUUGUCGCUAUUUUUCACUCCUGGAAACCUUUGUACCAUUAUCCGUGCAUGUGGUAACUGAAGGUACAGCAGAGGCCCCUAGUGUGGUCUUUGCCUUUCUGCCACUGACUGCUAACUGACUUCUUAGAAGUAGUGUCCUUUCUUGGUAUAGCAUGUUCUUAAACUUGAUUUUUAUAUAUAUCGAAAGGAAAUCACUUAGCGUGACUUUUAUCAAUGAAAAGAUUGAUGUUUCUACUUUCUACUGAUGGGGAUGAAAUAAUACACAAAGUGAUGGAGCAAAUGAUUGUAGUGGUGUCACUGGGUAAGGGCAGCAUUGAUUUUGGCCCACUGGGCCCAUACUAAUGUUGAUAUCAUUCUGUGAAUAAAGAAAAUGGGACUAAAUUAAUAAGAAAAUGGAGUUGUUUGAGAACUUCAAUAUGAUUGUUGCUAAACUUUAUUAUUGCAAAGCAUCAAGCUAAAUCAUAGACAAGUGUUGUAAUGCUGACAGUUAAGUGCUUGCUUUGGUAAGGAGCUAGGAAGAAGUAAUUUAAUGGGGGGUUUUAAAAAGCAAAAUGAAUAGAUUCAUUUUAGUAGCGACAUGAUGUCCUGAUAUUUUAACAAGUCUUGGUUAUUAGUCUCCCACCUAAAACCAGUAGCUUCUCUGACUAAUAGUGGUACCGGCCACACCUCUAAUUUAAAUACUUGUAACUGGAGAACCAUUUAAAGCGCCUCCAUGUCCUUCUGCAAAAUCCUAUUGGCAAGUGGUCUUGGCCACAUAUAUUCCAACCAGCCCAACAAGCCAAGGAAUAGCGAUGCAUCUAUUUUUGCUGGAUGGCAGAGAAGAAUUCUGCUCCAUACCAGGAUUUGCAACCAUUGCAGCUAGACCAGGAGUGGGGAACCUUUUCAUGUUGGAAUGCCGCAUUAAUCUGUAAUUAAGCUAGCUGUAAUCUAAUAAGGCCGCAUCUAAGAAACUUAAAUUGGAUAUACUUCAAAAUGUAAUUAUUUUGUAAAAAUCUAACUACUAUGUACUAAUUUAAGAAACUGAAAAACAUUUGUUAAUUCUAAAGUUAAGUAAUCUUUUAAUGACUUUGUUGUGACUGCUUUUUGUGGGAAAGCAUUUAAAUAUUUGGUUGCAACAUGGAGGUACUCAGUUUAAGCUGACCUUCUAGAUUGGUGUCCGUCAUUUGUGACCUUAAGGGCGUCUUGAUUUGGGUUAGGUAGGAGAAUGUAGAUUCACAGCAAUAAGUGGUUGAAAAGCCAGAAAGCAUUUUUUGUGCAUGUUGCCGAAGACGUAGGCAUUCUAUUGCAGUUUUCCAUAUUUCAAUCGGAUCUUUCUUAGCGUCAAAUAAGGACUUUAAAAUGUCAUCUUCUGAGAGCUCAAUCAAUUCCAUCUGUAGUUCUUUAAGAGCCUUGGAGAUAUCAACUAGGUGAGGUUGAAAUGCUAAUGCGAGUGUGAUGUCAUGAUUCUCAGUCAGUGAACCUUUCAUUGUAUUCUUUAAUUGAUAAGUCUAUAACAGCUGCAUAUUCUUCAAAUGAUUCGCAUGAAUCCUCCUGCUCUUCAAUGACCUUCGCUAACGCUAAAUGGUCAUCCGAAAUUUCAUUUUGAAGAAGAUGAGUUUUGAAAAAAUAUAACUUUUUUCAAAAUGCUUGGAUUUUUUGCCUGAUAUAUAUAGACUUAGUAUUACCUUGCAAAGAAACAUUCAAGUCAUUUUGCUUUGACAUGAUAUCACACAGAAAUGCAGUAUUUCUAUAGAAAAUUUGGAUUCAUUCAAAAGGCCACACUUAAUGGCGUAGAAGGCUGCACGCAGGCUCCCCACCCCUGAGCUAGACGUUAGUAGGUAGAGCAGUCAUUUAAAAUGUAGCAGCGUACAAUGAAUUCAUAGAUUUAUAGUUCUUCAUAAAGAUCUCAUCGCUUGUAAAGGAGUUAUUGGUUUAAAGCUAUGGUUUAUGAAAAGGAAGUGUUCACUGACUUUCCUUGCACGUGUUUGUUGCAAGUAACAUGAUGCAAAAAGCUGUGUAACUCAGCGGGACAAGCAGCAUCUCUGGAGAGAAGGAAUAGGUGACGUUUUGGGUCGAGACCCUUCUUCAUCUGAAACGUCACCAACUCCUUCUCUCCAGAGAUGCUGCCUGGGAGUGACUACAGCUUUUUGUGUCUACCUUCAGUUUCAACCAGCAUCUGCAGUUCAUUCCUGCACAAUAUAACAGGAGAUUUGCACGAACUGCCUCGGCGAGUCUCUCUACACUGGUUCCGUAGUGGAUUUUGUGGUCAUUGCCGUAUUGAGGUCUUAUUAUUGUCGGCCCGAGACUCAUGAUGAACCAGAAACUGAACGCGGUGCCCCAAACCACAGGAACCUCUCAGCUGCCCAAGUGAUUCUCAGACCAACACGUGUGUCGAUGGGACUUUCUGGGGAAUUGUUUAAAAAUUGUCCCAGCAAUGGGACAAUUAAACCAAACAACCUGCCUACAAAUAGGGGUAUUCCAGCAGCUGUAUGGACAGUCUUGCACAUUAUUUGCAUCCUAUAAUUAAUGUCUCCCAAAUUGCAGUCCUAACCACACUAUUUUUGUGUGCAGAUACACUGAGGUUGCAGAAGAAAAAAAUGAUGAGUUUUUAGCACGUCACUUCAUUUGAAAAUAAUUAUUUAGAAAUGUUAAAAUGGUGUGUAAAAUAUAAUGUAAAAUAGUGAAUGAUAUUGUAGGAGAGGAAAAGUAUUUCUAGAAAAUUCAGUUUAAUUCAUUGCUGAGUGAAACUUCUGGAAUGCGGGAUAGUCCCUAGCUUCCUUCCUUAUCUUACUUGAAGUGAAGAGUUUCUGUCAACUGUUUGGUAGGAAGUUCCUUGAUUAUUUUUUCAGUGCUGAUUUUUAUUGAAGUUGGCCAGUUUAUUUGACUUGAUUUUUUGCUUUUGGCCAUCCGCUGACGAGUGCAGUAGGAUGAACGAGUAUUAGUCAUGAUCAUUUAGGGCAAGACCAUGGAGUAUACAUACGCAUCUGAAACAAGUGCCUGUUGAGAUGCAUCACAAGGUGUGGCAGCUUUAAAGCAACCUGCUUCCAUUGAGGAAAGAUGGCCAAUGUAAUAAAAUCCCAGAGAAUAAAAAUGCAUUGCUCUCUAUUUAAUCUGUACUUUUGUAUUAACUGGAGAAUUGAGUGACCUGCUAGAUUUCUAUAAAUGAAUGUUUACUCAUUGUGAAUAAUUCUGUAUGUAUGCUUCAAUAAAGCUUUACAACUUGUUAAUAAAUGCUUUCAUAAGCAGAUAAACAAA